AUGUUGUUGUUGUUGUUGUUGUUGUUGUUGUUGUUGUUGUUGUUGUUGUUGUUGUUGUUGUUGUUGUUGUUGUUGUUGUUGUUGUUGUUGUUGUUGUUGUUGUUGUUGUUGUUGUUGUUGUUGUUGUUGUUGUUGUUGUUGUUGUUGUUGUUGUUGUUGUUGUUGUUGUUGUUGUUGUUGUUGUUGUUGUUGUUGGUGUUUAAGUUGUUGUCGGGUCGCGUCCCCGCUGCCGUCAACGCGAUUCCAUCAACACCAUCGUCUGCCCACCGAUCCGGGGCACAGUCACCCACGACAGCAGUGACAGCAGCAACAGCAACACCAAUGGCACUGAUGGGGCGAGCAGGAGAUGCGAUUGCGACAACAACGCAUGUCCCGCUCGUGCCUGUGGAGAGCGCACCUGUGUUUGCAGCAGAGGGUGAUGGUGCGCCACCACAGCAGCAGCAGCAGCAGUCAUCACGUGGGCACGGUGAACGAACGCAGUCUGAAGACUUUUCGGAGCUGGUGGGGCGGGCCUCUGUUCCGGCGAUUGAGCGGUUUCGUGUUAUGGACGUCUCGCAACUCACCAUGGCGGACAUUCCCAUGCUUCUGAACGACUACAAGCGGCUGGCGGCGCUGAAUGACGACCUGACCAAGACCCUCAACCUCAACCUCGGCCUGUGA